AUGUUCCUCUCUGUGUUCAGCCCCACCCAUUCGGAGCGAUCGCUCGCGCCGGACGACGAAGGCGCGACCGUAGCAGGAUACACGCUCGGCCCCGUUGUGGGACACGGAGGCUUCUCCAUCAUCCGCACCGCGUCUUCCCCACAAGGAGGCACUGUCGCCGUCAAAAUCGUCAAGCGCGCUGACCUCGACAAACAGCCCAACCCCACACAGGCGCGCAAAAGCCUCGACCGCGAAGCGGAUACAUGGGCCUCGCUUAACCACGAGCAUAUUCUCCCCCUCUUUACCGUCACCCAUACCCCGCACGCCGACUUCUUUUUCACUGCGUAUUGUCCUGCCGGCAGUCUUUUCGACAUCCUCAAGCGUGAUGGACGACCGGCGCUCCCCCAGGACGAUGCGGGGAUGAUGUUCAGGCAGGUGGUGCGAGGGUUGCGGUACAUGCAUGAGGCGGGCUUCGUGCAUGGAGACAUGAAGCUGGAGAACGUGCUGGUAGACGACAUGGGUGUUUGUAAGAUCUGCGACUUUGGAAUGACACGGCAGAUCGGCGAGGAGGUCGACUGCGGUCAUCUCGCCCAGGACGACGGGGACGCGGAGCGGGAGAAGAAGUACGGCGGUCCACAACGCGCCCGGACGAUCUCUCAAGCUCAUACGCCCGCGCAUCGUCCGCUCGGGCAUCAAGCUGGCGCUUCUGCGACGGUACCAAAUCGCGGUUUCGCUCAGGGUUCUCUUCCUUACGCAGCACCCGAGUUACUACACUCUCCAAGUAGCACAACCUCGUAUGUUGCGCAUCCAGCGCAGGAUGUAUGGGCCCUGGGCGUCAUGCUGUACACCCUCCUCACAGGCAAACUGCCCUUCUCCGAUUCGUUCGAGCCACGUUUGCAGAUGAAGAUCUUGCGCGGCGUCUUUGAAAUGCCGCUUGGCAUCGGACGCAGUGCUGAGCAGGUGCUUCACGGGUGCAUCGAGCGAUCUGUCGCCGACAGGUGGACGGUCGCGAUGGUCGAUGAACUUGCGUGGGGAAUUGGCUGGGGUUCGGCCACCGACGACGUUUCUCCACCGCCGGAGGCGAUCCGUGCGUCUCGUUCAACCUCCCGCUCGAAGCCUCGGCAGGAGCAUAUCGUCGAGGAUCGCGAUACGAGGAGGUCGGCCUCGCGCUCUGCAAGUCAUGCAAGCCGUUCCAGGUCCGCUGCACGUCACCGCUCCACAUCUCGUACGCCCGCACAUCACCCGUACGAGAACGCGUACCACAACCCGCUGCAUCCCCAUCCACUCCUCAAGACGGACUCUCACCCCGCGCAGCCGCACCCCCUGCCGACGCAGCCAAGUUUCUCGUCCCUCACCCAAGCCAUCCUUCGCACCUCCUCCAGCUCAUCCGAGUCCUCCAGCGUGCAUGACUCCGCCAUCGUCAUGCAGCCGCUGUCACCCUGCUCCACUACCUACUCCGUCCUCUCCGAUCGCGCCCACCGCGGACGUCUUCCCCGGCCGCGCGUUCACACCGUGGAGGACAUAUCACUCUCCCGCUCCCGGUCACCGCACAGCGAGAUGCCCAUGACGCCCAAGGACGUCUCCCUCGACGCGCCGAGGCGCCGGCGGCCCAAGUCGCCCGCCGCACACAUGCAGCUGCGCUCCGAAGACCUCAACACGCUCGACGAGGACGACAUCGCCCAGUGGUCGCUCGCCUCGGACACUGCGGGGCCGGUCUCGCGGGGCCGCCGCGCGGAUAGCGGCCCACGCGACCGCCGGAACGAGAGCAUGCCACCGGUUCUCGACGCGGGGCGCGCAUCCGCCUGGACCAAUUCGCCCUCCAAGAGCGCGUUGGCUACCCCAGCGACGCCCAUCCCGAUCCCGGGGAUCGGCGCGGGCGCGCGGAGCAAGAGCCUUGGACGCCGGUGA